GUCAAUGAGGCCUGAUGCUCUGGACACUGGAGACUUCAGCCUCACUCUGAGAAACCCCCGACUGACUGAUAGUGGCAACUACACCUGCUCCAUCCGCACUGAAAGGGAGGAACUGAAACUGACAGACGUACAGCUGCAUGUCAAAGACCAGCAGGUGGAGGUGAAGGUGGAGGAAGGCUCAGACUCCGUCAUCCUGCCCUGCAACACAACACCUGACCUGCCUGAGGACACCACAGUGAAGUGGACUCACUCUGACCGAGAACUCAUGAUGGUCCAUGGGUGUUCAAAUGGAAGCGACCACCAGGACGACCUUUACUGUGGUCGCACAAAGAUGAACAAAGACCUGCUGAGAACUGGAGACCUCAGUCUGACCCUGAAAUACCCCACAGAGAGAGACAGUGGAGGAUACAUCUGCACCAUCUACAGGGACAGAGACAUCCUGAGACAGAAAGUAGUGCUGCAGGUCAAAGAACCGUUUCCAUCCUGGGCCACAGUUCUCCUGGUUUUCCUGCUUCUUCUUGUAGUUGUUUCUGCGAGUCUUUUGUUUCAUUUCCGUCAUGCCUUGGUGUCAGUGAUUCCAGUGAAGGUGGAAGUGGAGGAGGGGGUGGAGUCUGUCCAGCUGCCCUUUAAAACAACAAAACACCUGUCGGGGGAAAUUCAAGUGAUAUGGGAACGCUACGAGCCGUUCCAGAAGGCUCACGUGUUUACAAACGGCCCAAACCAAUUUGAAGAACAGCACGAGGUUUACAAAGACCGAACUGUGAUGAACAAAGACCUGCUGGAAACUGGAGACCUCAGUGUGACCCUGAAACAGCCCACAGAGCGAGACAGUGGAGAGUACAAGUGUUUGGUGUGGAGGAAGGGAACCUUCAUCAGAAAGAAAACUGUGCUGCUCAAAGUCAAAGGUCCAGGAUCAAACAGGGGACAUCAGGACCAGAAGCAGCUCCAUUGAUCCGACUCCUCUGACGGCUGAUCAAUCAGUGUUAUGACUGCUGUCGUAAUGUUGUCUCUCAUAUGCACCUGGAGACGGUGCCUGCAGAUUGGCUAACUACAUGGAGACAACAUAUUUACACAGCAGCAUGUAGGGGUGGACUGCCUUUGUAUUUGAUCGCUGUUUUCUCCUGUUUUUGUUAGUUUUGGAGGUACGCUGCUGUCAUUUGGUUUAAUUUCUUUGAGUAUGUUGUUUGUAUCAUUGUCUCAGGGACCAAGCAGUAAAGCAUAAAG